AUGGUCGCCCCAUCCCGCAAGAAGUCCAUGAUUCAGCAUCAUCAGCAUGAUCAUAGCCACGAAGGAACCCCCACAAAAACCCACCAUCACCGUGUGAAACAAGCCGAACGCAAAAGAACCGCUAGUAUUUCUAAAGAAGACGGAAUCGAGUACAAUAAGCGAGUGCGAAAACUUCACAAAGCGUUUUUCAAUCAAGUGACAGAUGCACCACAUGUGGAAGGGGAUAAAAAAGAUUCUGGAAGUAAUUCAGACGCCGAAUUGCCACUUUUCGAUCCGGACUGUGAUCCAGAGAAUCCAAAGAAAUUGGUGUUUUCCGACAUUUCAGCAGCGGCAUUUAAUAUUAAAAAUGGAGUUCAGACAACGCCUUGUGUGAGAUCCCUUCAACUUUCCACGAAAUGCGAAAUGGAUCUUUACUUCAAAAAAGAGUACCUUCAAGUGACGGGAUCAUUCAAAGAACGAGGCGCCCGUUAUGCUCUCUCCCGUCUUGCUGAGCAAUACAAAAAAGCUGGAGUUAUCGCAGCAAGUGCUGGAAAUCACGCCCUUGCUCUCAGCUAUCACGGACAACAAAUGAACAUUCCGGUUACUGUAGUGAUGCCUGUGAUUGCGCCACUUAUGAAAAUUCAAUUCUGUAGAAGUUUGGGAGCAAAUGUGAUUCUUAAAGGAGAAACUAUUGCAGUGGCCAAAGAAUUUGCUCUCCGUCAUGCUAAGGACAAUCAUUUGAAGUAUAUCAAUGGCUACGAUGCUAUCGACAUCCUGGCUGGUCAAGGAACCAUAGGACUCGAAAUUUUGGAUCAGGUUCCUGAUGUGGAUACAAUUCUAGUACCAGUUGGUGGUGGAGGAUUAAUUGCCGGGAUUGCAGUGGCUGUGAAAACGCUGAAACCCGCAGUUCAUAUUUAUGGAAUCGAGGCUGAAACAUGCCCAUCAUUCACUGAGGCUUACGAAGUGGGACAUAUCGUCUCCGCUCAAGCCAAAGCCUCUCUAGCCGAUGGUUUGGCCGUUCCGACCGUCGGCGGAAAUUCGUUAGAAACUGCAAAAGGAUUAAUUGAUAAGGUUAUCACUGUCAAAGAAGAGAGUAUUGCGUUGAGUAUUCUAAGAUUGUUAGAAGUUGAAAAGGCCGUUGUUGAAGGAGGAGGUGCUGUUGGUUUGGCCGCGAUUCUAGAGGGAAAAGUUCCGGAGUUGAAAGGAAAGAAAGUGGUUUCAAUUCUAUCCGGUGGAAAUAUCGAUACUACUGUACUUGGAAGAUCCAUUGAGAGAGGACUAGCUGUUGACGGUCGUUUGGUUAGAUUAGAAGUAGUUGUCUCGGAUCGUCCAGGAGGAAUCGCUGAGCUCACAACCACCAUUGCUCAUCUUGGAGCUUCAAUCAAGGAUAUUUUCCACGAGAGAGCAUGGAUCUCAACUGAUGUUUUUCAUGUAAAAGUCAAGGUUGUCGCAGAAACACGUGGCAAGGAACAUGUUGAAGAGAUUGAGACGGCGUUGAAGAAGAUUUAUGAUAAUGUUAUACUUCAUUGA